UCUUUACCGGAGCGCGCGAGAACGGGAUUUUAGAAAGAAACAAAUUUCUGACAUAGAUUUUUCUGGAUUUCACUUGGCCACAUACGAUUUUAUAAGCAUGUUUUGAAUAAAUAAUAAAUAUUAAUCUUUGAUAAAAAAUAAAAUAAAAAGUGAAUCUGAAUGUUGGAAAAAACGGAAAAUUAUCUUGUGGCCCAGAAAUCUUAUCUAGUAAAGAUCAAUGAUCCUGAAAACUAGCUCUCGAUAUGGUUUUAAUGUUGAAAAUCAGACAUGCCUUUUCGCUUUUUAUACAUAUGACUACACUUCUAAAAGUUUUAAGAUCAGAAAUUUUAGAAUUUGACACCGUUUUGCCUCCGAAUCCACAAGACUAUGAUAAUCUUCAACCGCCAAAAGAAAAAGGAGAAGCGACGGUUGUCAGAUUUCACGUCACAGUUUUAAGUUUAGACACAAUUGAUGAAGGAUCAAUGACUUAUGUGGCGGACAUUUUUAUGUCCCAGAGUUGGAAAGACUACCGGCUCCGUUUACCGGAAAACAUGACCAUGAAAUAUCGUCUGCUUCCCAUCAGCUGGCUCAAGCGGAUGUGGAGACCAGAUUCCUUUUUCAAGAAUGCCAAAAGGGUCACUUUCCAAGAGAUGACGGUGCCUAAUCACUAUAUUUGGCUGUACAGCGACAAGACCAUCCUCUACAUGGUCAAGUUAACGUUGCUACUGUCCUGCUCCAUGAAAUUCGAGGCCUACCCCCAUGACACGCAGAUAUGCAUGCUGAAAAUAGAAAGCUUAUCCUAUACAACAGAUGACUUGCUCUUUGACUGGGAACAAGAAGUGCCUCUAGUUGUGGACGAAGACAUUGAAUUACCUCAGCACAAUUUGGUCGACACAUCACUAGGAGACUGUACUAAAGUAUAUUCUACGGGAAAUUUCACCUGUAUCCAAGUCGUGUUCACUUUGAAACGCCGCCUAGGUUACUACAUGUUCCAUACCUACAUCCCCACCUGUCUCAUUGUCAUCAUGUCUUGGAUUUCAUUCUGGAUCAAACCUGAAGCCGUGCCAGCUCGAGUCACUCUGUGCGUCACCUCUCUGCUCACUCUGUCCACGCAGCACGCCCAGUCCCAGAAGUCCCUACCCCCCGUCUCCUACAUCAAGGCCAUCGACAUCUUCAUGUCCUCGUGUACCGUCUUCGUGUUUGCCUCCCUCAUGGAGUAUGCCAUGGUGAACAUUUUGCUGGGAGAGGGUAUCGACGAGUCCCUGGACGAGGAUGGCAACAGGAGGACCAGCAUCAAAAAGUCCUCCAUCGGAAAGAGUGUGGCACCGAGUGUGAUCAUGGUGUCUUCACUUCAGGAUGGAAUUUCCCCAAUGCCCAACGGCCGCCCGAUCCUCUCUUCUUCCUUUUAUCUUCGUAGCCGCCACCGUCGUAGGGCGAUUCUAGUGGACAAAUGUUCCAGGGUCAUCUUCCCCUUAUCUUUCAUCAUUCUCAACUCUGCCUAUUGGUCAGUUUAUUUGGAAGUGAUCUGAACUCUAUGGCCCUCGGCAAAAAUUGCAACCCGCCAUGGAAAAAACAAAAGAAACUGACCGAAACAGACAAUGAUGCUGUGACUGGACGAAGACAGCAAUGUUUUAUACAUUGCAAACCAUUCAUAUUGUGAUUUCAAACAGUUUAUACUGUAUUAUGAAGAGUAAUAAUUGGGAGAAAAACUAUAUAAAUACUCCGCUCACCAAUUUUAAUGGCUGCCAUGGAGAUAUUUAUCAUGUCACUUUUGAAAUCCUUAUGUUUUGACAGGAAUUAAAAACAUAUUACUGACACUUUUAUUACUUUCUAAGACAGUGGACACAACAGAUGGUGUAAUUAACAGAUGAUGGAAUAAAUAAAAUGCAGUGCUGCGCUUUCUACACUAUUCCAGAAGCAAGUUAAUUUAUUGAAAAUUGCUCUGAUGAGGUACAUUCUCUUGAUGCUGAUUUAAUAAAUACAUAAAAACUCCAAAAAAAUUUUGUAUUUAUUCAAAACUUCAUAAAAAUGGAUAAGUGAUUUUUUUUUUAAUUUUUUGUCUCCGGUGCUUAUUUUGAAAAUUCAUUUAUUUAUUUAUUUUUAUCUCAGGGCUAUAUUUUGUGAUUCGACUCACAUGCAUAAUGGAAUAUUGAUGUUCAGUGUGAUUAUUAUGAUAAGAUAUAUUAUAUAGAUAUAUUAUUAUCAGCAAGUAGCAGUAACAUUCCAUGCUUUAUAGUUUAAAUAUAUUAGCUUUUGGGGAACUUGAACGAAUGAAAGUGUAUACCUAACUAUUCUUCAAGCUCUAAUAAACUGACAAUUUUAUAAACAAAAACGAAUUUAUUGAUUAUUUUCAACCGUCAAGAUAUAAGCUAUCCAAAGCAGCAUAUGGACAAUAACUAUCUCUUGUUUCCAAAAUCUGAGUGUUUACAUGAGGAAACAGUAUGAACGAUAAAGCACAAGAUGAAAUUAUCUUAGAAGCUAAAUAAAAAUUAGAUAAGUUAUAGAUACUCUGUACUUACUGUUUAACUUGGUUUGAUGAAGUGAUCAGUGUAUAACUUCUCUUCAUGCUCAACGGAAUUUGCAAUUAAAAAAACAUAAGAAAACUUUUUGAUUAUUUUCUUUUGCAAAAUAUGUUUAGCCUAUGCGAGACUAUGAACUCGUGUCUUCUGAAUCCGAAUAUCUACUAAAGAAAAGUGCAUGAAAAUUGCAGUAAAUGGAGAAACUCUUUUAGAUGCUAAAUAAUAACUAUUGACCUUUUGAAGUUAAUCUAUACUUAUCUUGAUUUGAUGAAGUAAGCAACACAUUACUCCUCUCCAUGUUCUAUUGAAGUGACAGUUUUCAAAAAAUAAAAGAAUUUAUUGACUAUUUUCUUCUGCAAAAAAAAAAAAAAUCUUUAGCUUAUGAUAAACUGUGAAUGGGAUAAAGUAACAAACUCUUGUCUUCUGAAACCGAAGGUGUAUAAAAGAAAGCUACAUGAACAUUACAAUGCAGGGAGAAACUAUUUUAGAUGAUAAAUCAGAACUAUUAAUCUUUUACAGAGUCUCCAUACUCUCUAUUUACAGUGAUAAACAUAUAUAUAUAUAUAUAUUUACUAUUGAA